AAAACUUUACCUACUCACACGUCAUUGGCUGGCCUACGUAACGCCCCCUAACAACCGAGUCCCCUCCCCUUACCAACGGACUUCCUGCUCCUCCCGUGAUGUCACGGGUGAUCGUGACGCCACAACGCGGAAGUCGCCGAAGUUUCGUUCGGUGGGGGGACCGUAGUUCAGUGACGGUGGUGGGGAGAGGACGAAGAUGGCGCCGUCCGGCCUGAAAGCGGUGGUCGGAGAGAAAAUCCUGAACGGGGUUAUCGCCACUGUGAAGAAGGAUGGAGAAUGGAAGGUCCUCAUCAUCGAUCACACCAGUAUGCGCAUCCUUUCCUCCUGCUGUAAAAUGUCAGACAUAUUGGAUGGAGGCAUCACCAUCGUCGAAGACGUCAACAAAAGGCGAGAACCGAUUCCCAGCCUGGAAGCCAUUUACUUCCUCACUCCCAGUGAAAAGUCUGUCCGAGCUCUUAUAUCCGACUUCAAAGACCUAUCAGCUCCUAUGUACAAGGCAGCCCAUAUAUUUUUCACAGACACCUGUCCAGAGAAUUUAUUUAAUGAAUUGGGGAAAUCCAGACUACCAAAACUGAUAAGGACAUUAAAGGAGAUUAAUUUGGCGUUCCUCCCGUAUGAGAGUCAGGUCUACUGUUUAGAUGCAAAGGACUCCUUCCACACUCUUUUCAGCAAUGCAGAAAAGGAAGUUCGGAACAGGUGCCUGGAGAUGCUGGCAGAACAGAUUGCCACGUUGUGCGAGACAUUAAAGGAGUAUCCCUCUGUAAGAUACCGCAGUGGCUAUGAGGACAACACCACCCUCGCACACAUGGUGCAAGACAGGUUGAACGCAUUCAAAGCAGACAACCCCACAAUGGGAGAGGGCCCAGCCAAGUCCCGCUCCCAGCUCCUGAUAGUGGAUCGUGGAUAUGACCCCGUGUCUCCUCUCCUGCAUGAGCUCACCUUUCAAGCCAUGGCUUACGACCUCCUAGAUAUUCAGCAAGACAUAUACCAAUAUGAGACCACCGGCAUCGGAGAUUCCCGAGAGAAGCAGGUCUUAUUAGAUGAAGAUGAUGACCUGUGGGUGGAGCUCCGUCAUAUGCACAUCGCAGACGUGUCUAAGAAAGUGACAGAAUUGUUGAGAUCUUUUUGUGAGAGUAAAAGAAUGACGACGGACAAGGCCAACAUCAAAGACUUGUCUCAGAUACUGAAAAAGAUGCCGCAAUAUCAGAAAGAACUAAAUAAGUACUCUACUCACCUUCAUCUGGCUGAGGACUGCAUGAAGCGUUUUAGAGGAGGUAUAGACAAACUGUGUGGUGUGGAACAGGACUUGGCCAUGGGCUCUGAUGUUGAAGGUCAGAAAUUAAAGGAUCCCAUGAAGAUUAUUGUUCCCGUGCUACUGGAUCCAGCUGUCAAACCUUAUGACAAGAUCCGUAUCAUCAUGCUAUACAUUUACCUAAAGAAUGGUAUAACAGAGGAGAAUUUAACCAAACUAAUCCAGCAUGCCAACAUACAGAGCGACAGCAACAUCAUUCGUAACCUGCAGCGCCUGGGGACCCGCGUGAUAUCAGGGCAACCCUCCACACCGCAAAGGCCUGACAGAAAGAUCCGGCUACAGUCCGCUUAUGACCUGUCUCGCUGGAUACCCGUUCUAAAAGAUGUCAUGGAGGAUGCUAUUGAAGAUAAGCUGGAUAAGAAACUGUGGCCUUACGUCUCGGAACCCUGCAACCAAAUGGCGAGUGCUCAGACAGUGGUGAGUGCACGGUUCGGUCACUGGCACAAGACGCGCAGCGCUGCAGAAUACAGAUCAGGACCCCGGCUCAUUGUCUACGUCCUGGGAGGAGUUUCCAUGUCUGAAAUGAGAUGCGCCUAUGAGAUUACAAAAGCAACAGACUCCAAAUGGGAAGUUCUGAUCGGCUCCACUCACAUCCUAACACCCAGCACCUUCCUGGACGGCCUGAAGUCUCUGGAUUAGCGGUUUCCUGACAAUGAAUACGCGACUUCCACCUUCUUUUGGCUCCUUGUCCGCCUUAGUAACGCUCCAGAAAUCACGCUGCAGCUAUACCCACCAGCCAGCGAGGCUGCAGAGGACACCGGCCUUGUGUCUUCCUCUAGUUACAAGUGCGCCCCCUACUUUAUGUCAGCGGGGUCUGCCUUCUGCCUUAUCUAACCAGGUUUUAUCACUCGGAAGGCCUUGGAAGAACUAUUCAUCCUACUUAGUCGCGUUAAAAAAAAAAAAAUCACUAUUGAUGUCUAUUUCUGCUGAAACUUUGUAGCCAAAAAAAAAAAAAAAAAAAUCCCCAAAGAUUCCUGAAGGAUAUUUAUAUUUUUCAUAGUGUGCCUUAUACGACCUGGUAUUCCGCCAGUCUGCCUACCCUCGCCACCGCUGCUGCCACCUUGGGCGCACAGGGUCCACCUUCCAUAGACAUUUCAUGAUCUCGGCUUCAGAUCUGGGAAAGCUCAGUAAUAUUUGCUCUUUGUAAGUAUAGUCUAGUACCGGAUGAUGUUCCUUAUAGUAUACAGCAGUGUUUUUCUAACCAGUGUGCCUCCAGCUGUUGCAAAACUACAACUCCCAGCAUACCCGGACAGCCUUUGGCUGUCCGGGCAUGCUGGGAAUUGUAGUUUUGCAACAGCUGGAGGCACACUGGUUGAGAAACCCUAGUCUACAGCGUUUUAUUUGGAGGGGGUUCUAUUGAUUUCUAUCUUGUGUACAGAUCAAUCGCUUGUAAAUUUAUUUGCAUGAAACGGAUAAUUCAGAGCGACCCCUGCUGGUCGUAUUGUGUAUUAACUUUAAGAGAAAAAAAAAUUAUGUAUGUUUCCAUCCAUUUAUACAGUUUAUUUGCUAUAGCGGACCAAAGCUAGUAACCAUACUGUGUGUGUGUGUGUGUGUGUGUGUGUGUAUGUAUAUGUUAUUUUUUUUUGUUUUUAUUUUAUUUUUUAUUUUAUUUUUUUGGUGAUACCUAUGGAACGACCCUAUAAAAUACACGGUUUAUGGUAA